AUGUCUGCCUUUCCAGCGGGCUCCUUCAGAAAUAUGUCACCUGCUAUAGAUUCCACGUCACAGCGACAGCCUGAUCGUCCGGCUAAUCCUUCAGUCCCGGCGUCCCACCCGUACCAACUCCCACCCCCUCGCACUUCUGCUCCCCUGCCUUUUGGGACAGCUCCGUUUCUACAUCAACGUAACCAAGCAGAAGGUCGCGAGCUGGAAGAGACAUCUCUAGGUCGCUCGAGGAUUCCAGGCCAGCAGCAGACGGCCAACGAACAGCUUCCGCCAGUCAGCCAAUUGCUGACCCCCACAGCCCAUCCAAGCCGUCCAUCAUCUCCCUACCAGCCUCACCGAUUUGGCAUCUAUACACCCCCGAAUGGCAGCACGGCAUCACCGACGCCGUUCCGACAGAGCGAUCCUAUACCACGACCUAGCCUACACGAAAGCCCUCGGGCUUACCCCGAGGCACUCCCGCAUUCACAUACCAGGAGUCUCCCACCACUAGCCCACCUCUCCACACCCGGCCUAGCACGUGAAGGUCCGCUACAUCCAGUUCAUACUGGAUCUCCGGUACAAUCCAGUCAAGCUGCAUCGUAUCCGUACUAUGGUUUCAACUCUCCGGAGAAGGAGUAUACCAGAGACUUUUCUCCCAGUGAGACUCCCGAUUCUGCUGCAACAAACAACCCCUCCCAAACAGCCAAUGUGCGCUCUCAUGUGGUGGAUGAGAGAAGUCUGGGAGGGAGUGCAGAUUCGAGAGCGCCGACUAACCUGUCCUGGUUUUACUCUAGUCCCCGCGGCCAUCGUGCGGCCCUAAAGGCGACGCAACUUGCGAAUAGAUACGAACCACGAGAGAGCCUCCCCCCGGGAAGCUACGCUUAUGGCGCAGCAUCCCAGUCCCCGUACUCUGCGAUCCGGGCUUCGGAGAGUUCGGCCUCCCUCCCGAACACCAGUUCUCAAUCGCCGAGAUCUGAAGUAUCGAUGUUGACACCCUCUGCCAUGGAAGGCCCCCAAGAUAGUGUAGUGGACCACGAGCAGUACCGGCUCAGAAUGUCGGGCCAUGGUCGCUUAUCCAUUGGAGCGGAGGAUUCUGCUAGACGUCUAGCCGAUGACAUUUCGCUUGGGUCUCAUGACUACUCGGACAUCCUCAUGGAAAUGAAGGAUCUGGACCCCCAAGACCCUCUUGUAUCCGACUGGCAUACGGAUCCGUAUGAGGCAGACCCGGAGGCCGCAGUUCAUUACGUGGAAAGCUACUUCACCCAUGUGAACGACCGCCUAUAUUACAUGUUCCCGCGGAAACGGUUUCUUUUGUGGCUGCGGUCGUGCAAUACGAAGACUUCAGAAGAUACUAUGCUGCUGUACUCGAUGAUGACGCUCGGGGCGGUAUUUUCCGAUCGGCCCGACAAGGUGACGGCGCUCAAGAGGUAUUCACGCACGGCUCGGUAUGCCGUUGAACACAGUCGACACGCACUGACCUUGCAGCUUGCUCAAAGCCGCAUCAUCAUCGGCCUUUGGUACUACGCUAUAGGCUCCCUGGUGCCAGCUUGGGACGCAAUUGGGUCGGCGGUUCGGACAGUGUGCGGACUCCGGUAUAAUGUUGAGUCGGGUGGGGUCAUCGUAGACCAAAGCCGGCCCUGUGAAUAUGGCUUGCAUCCCCAGGCGCUGAUCGAGUGUCGCAGGCGGACAUUUUGGGUCGCUUACCUCAUGGACCGCAUGACCUGUUUCUAUACGCCCUCCUCGACCUUUAUUUCGGCCCAGGCAGCCUAUCUGAGACUUCCUUGCCGGGAGGAAGUAUACGAGGCGCAGGAAUAUACUACCGUGCCCUAUUUUCAAAGCUUCCUCAAUCAAGUACCAGAAUCUCCUGACAAAGAUAGCGCCAGUCUGAGUGCUAUGGCAUUACAGGUUGAGAUCUUGUCACUUUGGGGAGACGUAUCUGACCACGUUUUUCGAUUAUCCUUGGUGCCGGCCGAGGCAUACAAUCAGCUCUUCGAGGAGUUCCACGUAAAGGUAGCCGGACGCGCCGAUGGAUGGGUCGUACGGCUCCCGGAUCAUCUGACCUAUUCGGCUGUAAACAUGGAACGAAGCAUCCGAACGAAGAAAGCGGACGCGUUCAUGUCAAUUCAUCUACUUUAUCAUGCAACUCUGAUGGCGCUGAAUAGGUAUGCUCGAUACCAAAUCAUCCGCGCGGAAAUCAUAGAGCGGCAUAUCCGCACCACGCGGACCCAUGCAGUGGAGAUUCUCCAGAUCUCGCUCGCCCUUAUGCGUUGUGCUGCAGACUAUGAGCCGUCUCGCAUUGUUCUGGAGCCGGGAACGGCGCGAGGAACCAUUCUGAACCCGUUCCUCGGAUACGUGAUCGUGUCAGCGACAGAUGUCCUCAGUGCAGCGGGAUUGAUGGCCGAUUUGCCAGAGAGUGUGAAUCUGAUCCGCGGGGGCAUGGAGGCUGUGCGAGAGCUGGCGCGCUUUUGGAGCGGUGCUACCCCCCUGGCGACGCUAAUAGAAAAGCGUCUAGAAGCUAUGAACGAGUGUCUGCAGCAACAGGCUGGUUCCGACCGGAAGGCGGCGUUUUUCGUGCACGGUCCAUCACUGGAUAGUCAAGUGCGCGCAGGCGUGCAGCAGCAGCAGCCAGAUUUGGCGACGAACGAAGACUUAAUGUAUGGCGGCCUGCCGCGGGAGCAAUUGUUCAGCGCACUGGGAGCGGGCGAAGUUCCCUUCUCAGAUGAGACGAUCCUUUGGAUUAGAGAGAGGAGCUGA